AGACGAUCCCGCAGCCGUCAGUCUACUUCGCAGCUGCUUCGCUCUCAGACGGUGGUCUCCCCUCCCAUUCUUUGACUUUCUCUCUCUGCCACAAGUGAGAAAGCCAUCAUUCAUCAUGGUUCGUCUUGGUUUGGCCACGACGCUCCUUGCGGCUGCGUCUUUUGCCCAAGCUGCCCACCAAAAGGCCCCCGCGGUCGUCCCCGGUGCCUAUAUCGUCGAGUACGAGGAUAGCCAUGAUCCUACCUCCAUCCUCGCCUCCAUCAAGGGCGAUGCCACCAUCCGCAAGGAUAUUCGCCAUGAGCUCUUCAAGGGUGCUUCCUUCCAGUUCAAAGACCUUAACAAGGCCGAUGACCUUGCUAACAAGGUUGCUGCCAUGUCUGGCGUCAAGGCCAUGUACCCUGUCAGGCGCUACUCUCUUCCCGAGUAUGCGGUUCACUCCACUGGUCGCGCCGUUCAGGAGGUUGUCGCCAAACGUGACACUGGCAACGACACCUUCACCCCCCAUCUCAUGACCCAGGUCAACAAAUUCAGGGAUUCCGGUAUUACUGGCAAGGGCAUCAAGAUCGCCGUCAUCGACACUGGUAUCGACUAUCUUCACCCUGCCCUCGGCGGCUGCUUCGGCCCCGGCUGUUUGGUCUCAUACGGUACCGACUUGGUCGGGGAUGACUUCAACGGCUCCAACACUCCCGUCCCUGAUUCCGACCCUAUGGACACAUGUAAUGGUCACGGCUCACACGUUUGUGGGGUGAUAUCAGCGAAUACCAACAACCCCUAUGGCAUCAUUGGUGCUGCCCCGGAUGUGACCCUCGGUGCUUACCGUGUGUUCGGCUGCAGUGGUGAUGUUGGUAACGACAUCCUCAUCGAGGCUUACCUCAAGGCCUACGAUGAUGGCAGUGACAUUAUUACCGCCUCCAUCGGUGGUGCCUCUGGUUGGCCCGAGGACUCUUGGGCUGCUGUCGUCAGCAGGAUCGUCGAGAAGGGUGUUCCGUGCCUUGUCUCUGCCGGAAACGAUGGUGCUACGGGUAUCUUCUACGCUUCUACUGCUGCCAACGGCAAGAAGGUUACCGCAGUCGCCUCUGUUGACAACAUACUUGCCCCUGCUCUUCUCAGCGAGGCCUCUUACUCUGUCGCCAACAGCUCCCUUUCGACCUUUGGCUUCACCGCUGGUUCCCCCAGUGCCUGGGCCAAUGUCAGCCUUCCUGUCUGGUCCGUCAAUUUCAACACUGCCGAUGCUGCCAACGGCUGCGAGGCUUUCCCCGAUGACACCCCUGACCUCUCCAAGUACAUCGUUCUCAUCCGCCGUGGUACCUGUACCUUCGUCCAGAAGGCUCAAAACGCUGCUGCUAAGGGGGCCAAGUAUAUAAUUUACUACAACAACGCCUCUGGAUCUACCAAGGUCGACGUCAGCACUGUUGCGGGUGUCAAGGCUGCUGCUAUGGUCACUUCCGAGACCGGUGCUGCUUGGAUCAAGGCCCUUCAGGCCGGCACUCAGGUCACUGUCAACAUGGCUGAUCCUGAAACCGCCCCUAAGAACCUCAACAACUUCCCCAACACCGCUACCCCUGGUUUCCUCAGCACCUACACAUCCUGGGGCCCGACCUAUGAGGUUGAUGUCAAGCCCCAGAUCUCCUCUCCCGGCGGUAUGAUCCUUUCCACCUAUCCCCGUGCUCUUGGCUCCUAUGCUGUACUUUCUGGUACCUCCAUGGCCUGCCCUCUUGCUGCUGCCACCUGGGCCCUCGUCAUGCAGAAGCGUGGCACCAAGGACCCCAAGGUCCUCGAGAACCUUUUCUCCGCCACUGCCCACCCUAACCUCUUCAACGAUGGUACCAAGACCUACCCCAUGCUUGCCCCGGUUGCCCAGCAGGGUGCCGGUCUGAUCCAGGCCUGGGACGCUGCCAACGCCAACGCCCUCCUCAGCGUCUCCAGCAUCUCCUUCAACGACACUGAGCACUUCAAGCCCCUCCAGAGCUUCGAAGUUACCAACACUGGCAAGAAGGCCGUCACUUACCAGCUCGGACAUACCAGCGCUGCUACCGCCUAUACUUUCGCCAACGACACCUCUAUCGGCCCUGCUGCCUUCCCCAACGAGCUGGUCGACGCUAAGGCUACCCUCGUCCUCACCCCCGCCAAGCUCACUCUGAACCCUGGCCAGAAGAAGACCGUCACCGUCCUCGCCAUUCCCCCCUUGGGUCUCGAUGCCAAGCGCCUGCCCGUCUACUCGGGCUACAUCACCCUCAACGGCACCGACUCCACCGGCUACUCGCUCCCCUACCAGGGCGUCGUCGGCAGCAUGCGCUCUGUCACCGUCCUUGACAAGCAGAACAGCUACCUCAGCCAAUCCAGCGACGCCACCUACGCGCCCGUCGCUGCCGGCACCACCUUCACCCUGCCUCCCGCCGGCAAGGCCAACGACACCCUGUACGCCAACACUGUCUACCCGACCAUCGUGCUUACCCUCAGCAUGGGCUCCGCCGAGGUCCAUGCCGACGUCGUCAACUCCAAGGGCAAGACCAUCGGCCAGGUCCUCACCUUCCCGGCUCGCUGGAACCCCCGCGGUACUUUUGAGUGGAACUGGGAUGGUGCCCUCUCUGAUGGCACCUACGCCCCUGCUGACACCUACAAGAUCACGCUUAAGGCGCUCAAGAUCUACGGGAACAGCAAGUGGCCCCUGGACUGGGAGACUCAGACUACUGAGCCCUUCAUGAUUAAGUAUGCUGCUAAGAGUAAGAGGGCUUUUACUGCCUGAUCGGAGGCAGGAAUAUGAUACCCCGAGAUGCUGGAUUGGAUACGAAAUAAUGAGAUGCAUUUAAUGUGGAUGAUUUAAUAAAGUAUAUAACUUCCGGUAUAUUAUUAUCUAUAUAUACAGUGGAUAUAUAUUAUAAUAAUAAGCGGGCUUUGGCCUGAUGCAGAG